AUGACGACGAGUGUUUCGCACCAGAAAACGAGACGACGACGAAGACAAAAACCGCUGCUUUCUCAGAGUCUCCUCCUUUGCUUGGUAUUGGUUGCACUCGUCGCGCUCGAGAGACAGAGCGGAUGGGGUGCGCGCGGAGACGACGCGCAAAGAGAAGACGUUUCGUCGACCUUUCGUACGAACGGGCAGCACGUGCGACAUUUUUCCUUGAAGCACAGGAAGAUUGAUGUAGAGUUUAGAAAGGAAAAGGAGGAAGGAAAUGGUGAUCGUGAGAACGAAGGGUACGAGGAGGACGAUGAUGAUGAUUUGGCAGUCUUUCAGAAGAAGAGAAGACGACGACGAAGAAGAGCUUUAAAACAAAGUUCCUCCGCUGGAUUAGAACUGAACGGGAAAGCGAGAGACACGGGGUAUUUUUACGCCACGGUAUUGAUUGGCACACCUGGGCAUCAAUUUGAAGUCAUCGUAGAUACGGGGUCGACGUAUACGUUCGUGACGUGUUACCCGUGCGCUUCGUGCGGUCAGCACGGAUCGAACGCGCCGUACGACGCGGCGAAAUCGAGCUCGUACGAACGCGUGCCGUGCGGUUCCGGAUGUAUUUUUGGCGCCUGUCGAGCGAGCGGUUUGUGUGAAUACGACGAGAAGUUUUCGGAGGAUUCGCAAGUCGGUGGGCACGUGGUGAGUGAUGUCAUUGACGUCGGAGGGAGUUUAGGGACGCCGAGGAUACAUUUUGGAUGUAACUCGCUCGAGACGAACAUGUUGAAGACGCAAAAGGCGAACGGGAUGAUUGCUUUAGGCAGAGCCGAGGCUGGGUUACACCGACAGUUGAAGAAGAAGGCGUAUCCGCCGGGUUCCUACGAUGGAACGUUCGGUUUGUGUUUAGGAUCGUUCGAAGGCGGAGGCGUUUUGAGUUUAGGUAAGUUGCCGGAACAGCACUACGCGAACUUUGUGACUCGAAAAACGCACACGAGUACGGUAAAGUUAGUCAAAGGGUCGAAAUCGCAAUAUUAUAACGUAGAGGUGCACCGGAUGUUUGUCAGAAAUACAGAGCUCAAAAAACCAAGCGGAGCGGAGUUAAUGGAAGCGUUUCGAGCCGGGUACGGGACCGUUCUCGAUUCCGGAACAACGUACACGUAUUUACACGAAGACGUCUUCAUACCGUUCAUAUCGGAGAUUGAAGAUAAAGUGGUCAACGAUCACGGCGCGAACUUUUUCCGAGUUAGAGGUGGCGAUCCAAACUACCCGAACGACGUGUGUUGGAGGAGCUUGAACGAAAAUAAACAGUUAUCGGAAUCUAACGUGAACUAUUUGUUCCCGACGUUCAAUCUCACUUUUAUAGGCGUGAACGAGGAGGAACUUCCCAUCGAGUUUCUCCCGGAGAAUUAUUUGUUCGUGCACCCGAACGAACCGAACGCGUUUUGUGUCGGAGUGUUCGAUAAUGGACAACAAGGUUCUAUAAUUGGUGGAAUAUUCGCUCGGAACACGCUCUUUGAAUUCGACGACGAAAGCGCGCAGCAAACGGUGAAAAUCUCACCGAAAGUGGAUUGCGACGGUUUGCGCGAGGCGAUGGAUUUCGACAUGGCGACGGGCGCUACGCGACAUCCCCCUCCACCACCGGCUCCGAGAGCGCCUGAAUCACCGGGAACGCCCGGAACUGGGUUCGACAGAGACCGAGCUAAAGAAGCGAGAGAGCAAAUCAUGUUCAAAGUCAUGAUUGGUGGCUUUAUCAUCGUCGGCACGCUCUUCUUCGCGGCGGUUGGAUUAGCGCGAAUGUAUUUUUGGAAGUUUAAACGAUACAGACAGUUUUCGAAGUGGAUGAAAUUACGGAAUGAAACCGAUGAAUUCGAGGACGAAGACGAAGACGACGACGUCUUUUCCGACACCGAAAAUGCUUUUGACGACGACGACGUCCCGGACAAUAAAUCGCCGCGCGAGCGCGCCAUAGAAAUGGGCGAUUUGAGAAACUUGAGCAGCGAAGAAAGAGCGAUACUUCAUCGAGAAAAAAUGGGUAGUAAUAAUAACAACAACAACAGCCACAACACCGCGGAAAGAGGUCUUAUUGGUGGCCUCGUUGGAUCAGUCAUAAGCGCGCCGUUCCGUAUGUUAGGUUUCGGUGGCAGUAGUGCUGGCGGUCACAACCCCUACUCGAACGCCCAGCCUCGCACGCUCCGCGAACAAACCUUACCGACCACAGACACGCCGCCCGUCACGGAAGGUGACUUUGGCACCCGCACCGGACGCCUCACCGAAAGCGCCAAGCGAAACAAUCGCAUUGGUAAUAACGGCAACGAAAACGAUGAAUUCUUCGACGCGCCGUUGAGCUCGCAAACGGAUUUAGAAAGCCAUCACGCCGGCGUAGACGAAAGCGGCGGGGACAUCAAAGCCGUCUGGAAAAGGUUCAAUUUGAAGUAG